GAAAUCGUUCAAUACAUAGAUCAGCAUUUCUGGCAGCAUGUCGUCAGGUGAUGAGCAAGCCGAAGGAUGGAACUGUACAUCCUACCCGGCCUUGGUAGCAAACCCUGAUAUUGGAGGUAUUGGAACAAUAUUGACAUUUGUUAUUUCGGUGUACCUCACUCUAAUAUGCUGUGUGGCCAAAGCUAGAAUCGACCAUCUCCGUUCUCCAGAUAAAAAUACACCCAAACUGGAUAUUUGGUCAUUUGCCCUUGGAAAUGUGAUUCUAAAUUUCAGCGACCAACAGGUCGUUUUAGGAAUCGCGGUUCUCAUAGCAGGAGUAUCUCAAUUAUCUUCGGGACUCGAUUCUUAUACUGGUCAACGGUAUUAAACCUUGCUUGGUUUUCAAGCUUUACACAUAUAUUGACUCUUACCGCUUUAAGGGAAGAAAACCGCUCUAAUAAUAAGAUCAAAGUCAUUCGUGUAGUUGCUAUGGGCGUUCUAGCUGUUAUACUAAUGUGUAUGGUGUAUACUGCUGGAUGGGUCAGUGGAACUGUGAUAGGUGCAUCUUCAAAUGAUUCCAAAUAUAGUCCUCCAAUGAGCUUCCCAGCAUGGUGUCUUUUUCGGCCAGAUAUUCCAUGGAUAUGGCAAGAUCAUCUACUCGAUAUCCAGUACAACGGAACUUACGUUGUACUCGCAUUUCUCAUCCUAGUUUUCAGUUACUCAACUAGGGCAUUGUUGUUAUACUAUGAAAGUAUUGGUCAAGUAGUGACCUUGGCGGCCAAAUUUCUAUAUUUUGACAAGUUAGCCGGCCUCUUUGGGAUCAAAAAUAUGAAAUCAAUAGAAUCAAGAUUGAAUGGGAUGGGAAGACGAAAGUGGAGCUAUAGAAUUCUACGGUCUCUCUACGCAAUAUUUGUUGCUUGUAGGCAGACCUUUGACUCAACUAUAUGGGAGCUGGGAUGGCUCUCUUUUGCUCUUGUUUGGGGUACAGUUCGUAUCUUUACUAUUCGAAAUCUCCCCAAUUCUCGAGACAAUCUUGAUUCGUCUGAAAUGAUGUCGGCCGUACUUUCGGAAGAGAAUGAUUGGGGAUUUGGACAAGUACUUAGCUUAACGCUUAUGAUCUUACCACUCUUGAGUUUUUAUGAAGCAUACUCGUCCCCUCCAGAUGCGAUGUCUCUACGAAAGAAGUUUCUCACCGAUGCACAAACAUCUCCUGACACCUCUAGUGAUUACAACAUAUUGCCGUCAUCUAUUGAUCUGUCUCAGACAUACACCUCAACCUCGACCAAUGCACAGAAGGGUCAAGUCAAGAUUGAGAUCGAAAAUGAAGUUUGGUUCAAAAAACUAAUUUACAUCAUUUAUUUCCUCUCCGUAAUCACUGGAGGAAUCACCAUAUUUUUAGGCCUAUUUGAACCGCCAUCUUUUCUAGGCUUGGGAAUCGCGAUAGUAUAUCUCGAAUGGAUAUUUGUCGAUCUUUUCGUAUUGUGGUUUGCGACAUUAAUAUUCAUAGAUCAUGAUAUUCAAAGGUUUUGGGUGAGCAGUUGGAUGGGGAAAGUAGCCAAGAAGACGCCGAGGCUUUGGUGGUGCUUUGUGGUGCUUUGCUUGGUUAUAAUUUGUUUUGUAGCUUGGCUUGGGAGUAUUUUCUUGCUAGUAAAAGGACUGGAAAUAAUUCUGAAUAAGCGUUAGGAGUCUUCUUCAAGGAAACUGAGGGGAUCUAAAACAAUUAGUAUAAGAAUGUAUAAGACA